UUGCCUAGCAACUGAAGAAGCUUUGGAUCCGCCAUAAUCCGCUUCACUUUAAACCCUAUGCUAAGUGUUUUGCCACUACAGUAUUUCCCAUCGAGCGACGCGAUGGAGGUGUCAAUGGACCCUCUUUUCCUGGCGUGGAGCUAUUUCAGGAGACGGAAACUACAACAAUGUUCAGAUAUUUGUUCGAAACUAUUGCAAGACAGUCCAUAUGACCAGGAUUCCUCCUUGUCUAUUGCCGAGGCUGCCUGGAGCCUAAAAACACGGGCUCUGACAGAGAUGGUUUACAUUGAUGAAGUUGAGGUUGAUCAAGAAGGGAUUGCUGAGAUGAUGCUGGAUGAGAACGCCAUUGCUCAGGUUGCACGCCCUGGAACAUCUCUGAGACUGCCUGGAACAAGUCAUGGUGGAGGUCCCACACCUGCUGUCAGGCCUAUGACUCAGUCAGGACGUCCCGUCACAGGAUUUGUGAGGCCAAGCACCCAGUCAGGGCGUCCUGGGACGAUGGAGCAGGCCAUCAAGAACCCACGCACAGCAAGUACGGCUCGGCCAGUCACUAGUGCUUCUGGUCGAUUCAUUCGUCUGGGAACGGCUUCGAUGUUAACCAAUCCAGAAGGACCGUUUAUAAACUUGUCAAGGCUAAAUCUAUCAAAAUAUUCCCAAAAACCCAACCUGUCCAGGACGCUGUUUGAGUACAUCUUUCAUCAUGAAAAUGAUGUAAAAAACGCUUUAGAUUUAGCUGCUCAAGCAACUGAGCAGGCUCAGUUCAAAGACUGGUGGUGGAAAGUACAGCUGGGAAAAUGUUACUACAGGCUUGGUUUGUAUCGAGAGGCCGAAAAACAGUUUCGAUCAGCUCUAAGCCAACAAGAGAUGGUGGAUACGGUCCUCUAUCUGGCUAAGCUGUAUCAGCGCCUGGAUCAACCGGUGACAGCUCUCAACCUCUUUAAACAAGGCCUGGACCACUUUCCUGGUGAGGUCACCCUUUUGACGGGCAUCGCACGCAUUCAUGAGGAGAUGAACAAUAUUGCAUCAGCCACAGAGUACUACAAAGACGUCUUAAAGCAGGACAACACACACGUGGAGGCCAUAGCUUGUAUAGGCAGCAAUCAUUUUUACUCCGAUCAACCUGAGAUUGCGCUGCGCUUCUAUAGGCGGCUCCUACAGAUGGGGGUGUAUAAUUGCCAGCUUUACAACAACCUCGGCCUUUGUUGCUUUUACGCACAGCAGUAUGACAUGACCCUGUCGUCUUUUGAAAGAGCCUUGGCCCUUGCGACCAACGACGAAGAGCAGGCUGAUGUGUGGUACAACGUGGGACACGUCGCUGUGGGUAUAGGAGACCUGACUUUGGCCUAUCAGUCUUUUAAACUGAGUUUGGCUUUUAAUAACGACCAUGCUGAAGCUUACAACAAUCUUGCAGUGCUGGAGCUGCGCAAAGGCCGUGUUGAACAGUCUAAAGCCUUCCUGCAGACGGCUGCCACAUUGUGCCCUCACAUGUAUGAGCCACACUACAAUCUGUCCAUUCUCUCAGAAAAGAUCGGAGACCUUCAAAGCAGCUACAUGGCGGCCCAAAAGUCUGAAGACGCCUUCCCGGAGCAUGUCGACACUCAGCAGGUCCUGAAGCAGCUUCGCCAGCAUUUUGCAGAGCUGUGAAUUCUUGAAUCUUGUACGUAUUAGUAAAUAUUUGUGUUACACGCAAAAAGAUUAAUUAAAAUGAUCAAUUAUAUU